AUGUGGUCAAAGUUCGUCGGCCAACUGAGAAAUUCUAACGGGCAACCACCUCUGGCUGGCUUGUUUGGUGGGACGCCUCCAGUCUCCCCACAAUUAAAUUCACCAGACAAGCCAUUUGUCCGCCGACGUUCCAUGUUAAACUCUCCAAAAAGCCCACGCGUAACUGAAGCGAAACGACGAAGUAGCAUACUAUUUGGCGUAACUGAUGAUUCAGACAAAGAGAAGCCAUCGCGAAAAAA